AUGAAUUACUCAACAGAAAACCCAUUAGUUAGUUUUUCAGACAUGUUAUUUGUACAUAAAUUAUAUUAUAUUUGUAAAUCACAUUUAACUACCAAUCCUAAAAAAUAUCAAGAAUUAAUAAUAAAUUAUUACAAGAAUGGAGGUGAUAUUAAUGUUUCAAAAGAUAUAGUAACAUGGAAUCAUUUAGGAAAUGUUGUUAUUUAUAACCAAACUAAUGAUUACGAAAAGAAAAAUAAAAAACCCUUCGAUUAUUUAGCAAAUAAAGGUAAAAAUAAAUAUACAAAUAUCGAUUUUCUUAAAGAAAUCCAAAAAUAUUUUUCGUAUCUAUUGGAAAACAAAAUUAAAAAUAAAAAUAAUGACAAGUACGAAAUUCAGAAUCCUAUAAUAGGAUUAAAUCAAUUAUUUUACCCAUAUCAAAUUAAUAGAAUUUCACAUAGUAAAUAUAUUAAUGAUGGGAAGAAAUUUCAAUUAAUGUGUAUCGCAUAUUAUUUUGGAAGUGAAGAAGUUCGGAGGGAUGAUGUGAAAUGGAAACAAAAUGGAGUAAAAGUAUUGAUAAAAGAAGAUUACGAUGGAGUGAUGAAAGGUAAAGAAAUAACUUUGGAUGUUGUUGAAAAUGUAAACAAAGUUUCUUAUUCAAAGUUAGAUUAUAUAAAUGAAACGCAAAAUUAUUAUGAAUACGUAUUACGUGUUUAUAAAGAAGGUUCGAAUGAUUCUAUUGAACUUGUUAAACAAGAAUUAAAAUUAUUGAAACAAGAAUUCGAUUCGUUCAAGAAAUCGAUCGAGGAGCAAAAAAAGAUCGAUACUUUG